UACCUGUUUCAGCCUCUCUGUCCCUCGCUUCCUAAGCAUAUUCUGCUCAAGCAAAUGAUUUAAGAAACAAACUAUAGGAUCUUAGUCUUUUAUAUAAAGGGAAAAGCAGCCCUCUUUCAAAAAACGUCCUAGGCUGUGCGAAGAGUCGCUAGUUACUAUCACUGCUGAAAGAAGUUAUGGCCAGUCAACAAUUCAUGGAGUUCUUCAUCGCCUGGGGUGUUACCAUAGCAAGAUCAUAUGUUAUUCAAGUGUUUGCUAAAAUGAAGGCCGCUUUGGGAGAAUUGAAGCUUCUAGAUAUUGAAUCCAAAUUACAAAAAGAAAUGGAGUUAUUAGAUAACACUACACUUCACAUUGCCAUUACAGGAGGGUCGGGUGUUGGUAAAUCAUCACUUGUCAAUGCCUUGCGUGGAUUGACUGAUGACGGAGAGGGCUCUGCUAAUACUGGAGAGACGGAAACUACAAUGGAACCACAGGCAUAUCAGCAUCCAGAGUUUUCCAAAGUCAAAUUAUGGGACCUACCUGGAAUUGGCACAGAUAAUUUUAAAGCAGAUCAAUAUUUAAAGCAGGUAGAUUUUAGCCGGUAUGAUUUUUUCAUCAUUGUUGUUGGUAAUCGUUUCUCUGAAAAUGACACCAAGCUGGCUUGUGAAAUUCAGAAAAUGAAGAAGAAGUUCUACUAUGUGCGCAGCAAAAUUGAUGAGAGUAUAUCAAAUGAGAGCAAGAAAAAAAACUUUAAUGAGGCAGAAACCAUCCAGAAAAUCAGGGAUUAUUGCGAAAAAAGUUUGAAGAGAAAAGGUGAUAAUUCAGCAAAGGUUUUUCUAAUAACAAGGUGGGAUUUGAGCAAGUAUGAUUUUCCAUGCCUUCAAAAUGCACUAGAGGAGGACUUGGAUGAUCUCAAGAGACAUGUUUUAGUCAUGUCUAUGCCAGCUUUUUCUAAAGAAGCCAUUAAAAGUAAAGAGAAUGCUAUGUUAGAUCUUAUAUGGAAAGUGUCCCUUUUGUCUUGUACUAUUAGGGUGACUCCUAUCCCAUUUCUCCCUGUCAUUUGUGACACUGUCAUCUUGGUGACAGCAAUGACAAAAAUGUACAAGUGUUUUGGAUUGGAUGAAGAUUCCCUGCAUAGACUUGGAGCACAUGUUGGCAAGCCUGUGGAUGAGCUGAAGUCUGCUAUCAAGAACACCCCAACAGGUGGGGCGAUCACCACACAAUUUGUAGUUGACUACUUGCACAGGUCCAAGGUAUGGGUUACAGUAUCCCUAGUAGAGUCGCUUCUAUAUUUUAUACCUGUAUUGGGCUCUUUGGCUGGUGGAGCUGGAGCUUUUCUAACCACCUUCUACAUGCUGACGUCGUUCUUGAAGGAUGUUGUGGAAGAUGCACAGAAUGUUCUGGCAAAAUCUCAAGAAAAGUAAGCUGACUAAAGAGUGAAGAAAUUCAUCUGGAUCUAUCUUUUCUUCUCUGAAAAGAAGCACACAGUGUAGUUUUUAUCUCUUAUCUAAACUCCCACAGCCAGCAUGCUGCCAUGUUCUGACUCUCCACUCAGUUAUGGAAACGCAUUGGGUGAUCUAGGGCAAGUCACAAGCUCUCAGCUUCAGACAAACCAAUGAUAAACCACCCCUGAACAAAUCUUCCCAAGGGUGUCCAUAAAUAGGAAAUGAUUUGAAGGCACACAACAGCCACCACCGUUACUCCAUAACAAUCUUAUUGGCAUCCUCUGGCUCUUUCCAUACUGCAGUUGGAGAAACUAUUCUUACCCUGAAAUUUAAGGGAAAGAUGAAUUAAUUUCUCUUCCAUAACUCCUACUCGGUUUUAAUGCUCUCCAUUGCCUCUAGGCCACAAAGUUUAAAGGAGCAUGCAAAGUGCUGAAACACAUCCCCCAGAUAGGCUGACUCUAAUGAGCAACUUGAAACUUUGACUAAAACCCGAAGUGCUCUCACUGCUCCAGUGAUAUAGACGGCAGCUGCCCCCAUUUCCCCUGCCAUAUGAUUAAAUAAACUUCAACCAUUUUAGUUACCUUAUAUACCUGUGUAUAAGUAUGUAUAAGUUGAGGGGAAGUUUCAGGGUCAAAAUCAUGGAUUUUGAUAUGACCCCUGGUUAAGUCAAGGGUAAAACUUAGGAGGCUAUAACAAAGGAUGGAAAGGGGAAAAUGCUACGUCCAUCCCUCCUUCUGUGGACCAAUCCUGACCACCUAACACCGAUUCCCAGGUGCUGGAGGAGAGAUUUUAACACUGGAUUGAGAAGGGAAGCAAGUGGAAUUAAAAGGGGUGUUUCUUUGAUGGGAAGAGAAACCAUGAAAAUUGGACUCUUACAGACAGACACACAGAGAGAAACAUGUGCCUUGAGGCACCAAGAGUGGGGCAUCAGGCUUGCUUGUUUCAGGACCUUUCUAAGAAGUUUUAGCGUAUCAACCCAUAUAUUAGUCGACCCAGGAUUUUAGGGUCAAUUUUGGGGCAUAAAUUUCUAGACUUAUAGUCAAGUGUAUAUGGUACAUCCUUGCAUUUGUGUUCUUUGUAAUUGGCUGUGUUUCACUGGGGAGUAUUUUUGAAGGUGCACAUUGGCAUUCCUUAGGCAUGUCCUGAUGCACACUGCGAGUGUCCAAAUGCCUAUUGGUCCCAAUGUGCAACAAUGACUUUGAAGAUGUAGAAAUGUCAUGGCAGCCCCUUGCUGGAUAUGGAUGCGGUGAAACCGCUCAGUUCUAUUUCCAACAGAUGUAAGUCCACUUAGAAAUCAACUUAAUUCAAGCCAUCAUCACCAUCAUCAUCACUACCAGUUGUGCUUUAUAAAGUAAAACAAGAACAACAAAAAUCCAUCAGCCUUGCCAAAGGCACACAGUCUGGGACAUUUAAAAACAGACACAUAGGGGAAGGAAGGAGUAAUGCAAAUAUAACACUGUGACUCACACAACGUAUGUUUCACUGAUGACACCGCUGCCACCAAUUUAUGUGACGUCUGUUUAAUAUGUCCCGCUUCUUUCCGUGUUCCAAACUUUGGUAGCGUAGUUUAAGUGUAUAUAACACACAGGCCAAGGGUAUGUUCAAACAGCAACACAUGUUUAUUUUAACAUAGAAUUGUAAAAUGUAACUUGGACUUGUAAUUGUUGACUUGCUUAGUUAUUAAAGUACAGGUUCGUCCUGA